AUGGCCGACAUUGUGCUGAGCGCUUUUUGGGCCUGGUACACCUACGAUGAGGCUCUCACCAAGGACCUCGCGAAGAAGUUGAAGCCCAUCCCGCUCCCGGAGAACCCUUCUUACAAGAGCACCGACGUCAGCAUUAUUGUUGCGACUAUUGACACCCCCGACUCGUUCACCGACUGCCUUCGCCUGUGGCUCGCCAACCACCCGAAGGAGAUCAUCAUCGUCACCAUCGAUCGUGACCUCCAGCGAGUCCAUGAUCUUGUCAAGCCCGUCAUUACUGACGGCGAUGACCGAAUCAGUGUCAUGACUGCUGAAUAUGCCAGCAAGCGCUACCAAAUGGUUGUCGGAAUCAAGGAGGCCAAGGGCAAGAUUUUUGCCUUUGUCGACGACGAUGCCUUCUGGGGCACUCUGAAAGUGCUCCCCUACCUCCUUGCCCCCUUGGAGGAUCCCAAUGUCGGCGGCACCACCGGAAAGCAAAGUGCUCUUAUCGUUCCGGGGCGCCGCAACCCGGCCGUCAUCACUCCUUGGGAGGUCGCAUCCCUUCGCUCUCUGGACAAUCAAAACUACAUUCAGUCUGUCCGCUCCGCCGCCGACGGCGGCUGCUUCUGCAUGGUCGGCCGUACCAUGAUCGUCCGCGCUGAGAUCGUGAUGGACCCUCGCUUCAUCCACGCUAUCACUACUGACACCUGGUGCGGCAAGCUCCUGAACACAGGUGACGACGUCUUCCUUACCCGUUGGCUCCAGAACGAGGGUUGGGACAUCGCCAUCCAGAACGCUCCCGAGGCCGAGAUCAAGACCCUCGUUUUCGACAACUCCAAUUUCUUGAGUCAGCUGGUCCGCUGGCAGCGCAGCGCUAUUCAGUCGUUCCUCACGACUAUCUUCUAUGAGCCUGGUAUUGGCAAAAUCGUCAAGUGGGUUACUUGCACACGACAUGAGAAAUGA